AUGGACCGUUGGAUUGACAUGUACGUGGAAGGCCUGAGGGACCUGAGUGAUAUGAUUAUGUACUUUCCCCUCUCUCUGCCCGAAGAGAAGGAGAUGAACCUUGACUACAUCCUUGAAAGAGCCACUACACGAUUCUUUCCUGUGUACGAGAAGGCACUAAAAGCGCACGGGCAAGAUUUUCUUGUGGGCAAUCGACUGAGUUGGGCUGAUGUGCAGCUCCUUGAAGUCAUCUUAAUGGCUGAAGAGUUCCAACCCAGCGUCCUCUCGGGUUUCCCUCUGCUACAGGAAUUCAAGACCAGAAUCAGCCACAUGCCCGCAAUGAACAAAUUUCUGCAGCCUGGGAGCCAGAGGAAGCCUCCCCUGGAAGAAGCCUCCAUGGAGACCGUGAAGAACAUCUUCAAAUUUCAGCACGGCCUGUUUCUUAAAAACAUGGCUGCUAUCGUAGCCGAGUAUUAACAGAUGAAAAGAUCGAAGGAAUCCAGUAACUAUUUCAUUUCACAUCUGUAGCAGUUCCCAGGAAAAUGUUACAAGAGGGCAGAAAUAAAAGGCAAGCCUAAUAAAGAUCAUCAAAAGAG